AUGGCUCGAUCCUUCGCUCUCUCCUGUCUUCUGUUGGUGUGCCUCACCGCGUCAAGUACCUUUGCUUCCGGAGACUACAUUCCCAUCGGAAAACCAAUCACCCUGAAUGCCACCGCGACGCUCCAUGGAAACGGUGUCGGGAACGCUACACACAAGAACAUUGUUGCUCUCGGUCCUGAACUCUUCCAGGUUCAAUCCGUCGACAUAUGCCGCGAGUGCCCCAAGUAUGACUUUGCUCUCAGCCCCUCAGCCUUUGAUCAGAUUGUCAACGAGACUUAUCAGACGGGAACUUUGGACAUUGAGAUCCAGCACUGGGGUGUCAACUGGGUUCUCAACGGUCAUGUCACCGACUCCGUGUCUCUUCGACUGACGGGAGGAGAUGGAACACAGGUGACACUGGACGACUGCGUUCCCGCCGACUGGACGCCUGGAUCUUCCUACCCUUGCUCUGGACAGCUCUCGUAG